AAACCUAAAAUCUACUGGUACCCAAGUUGUUGACACGACACCGUUACCACACUUUUUCCUUGCUCAAAUUCCUUAGCGUCUUCACCCAAAUUCUCAUCAAUCAUCAUCAUCAUCAUCGCCUGAAAUCGACAAAAACCGCCUGAAACCUAAAUCGGAGGAUACGAUAAGAAUGAUGAUGCGCCAACAAAAAGCGAUGGAGGCCUUUCAUAGAUAUCCGAGGGACGACGGUGACAAGCUAGCCCCGGGAUCCAGUGUUUACGAUCUCAACAGUAGUACGUACGGAUAUUUGGUAAAUAUCUGUAAACAAGAGUAUCCUUGUCCUCCCUUGGUCUUCCUCUAUGCGAAGAUGAGCCUUCAUCGUUACAAUUUCGCCCAGGGUACAAUGUUUGAGCUGAUUCGCGUGCAAAAAUACGUGAAGUCGACUGGUUCGGCUAAUGCUUCUUACUACAUGACUUUGGAUGCAAUUGACUCAGCUGGUUCGCUUCAAACUUUCCAGAAUAAAGUUUCAGAAUACAGUGUUGGCAGAUUUAUUCUCACUUGCCCUAUUGCAAGAAUUCGAGGGGAGCCAAUAGAUGGCAAGGGGUUUUCGACGCUGGUAGAUAGUACCUUGCCUGAGUGCCCUGCAGUGAAUCCUUUUGAUACAUAUUACCUGGUGAAGGAAUCUGAGCUGCUAGAGAAUCCCUGGAUUCGUCUAUAUUUGGAACUUGCUGUUGCCAAAACUGAUAGGCAUUAUGAAGAUAGGGGUGCUGGUCUCGCCGACUUGGAGAUUGUAGACGUGGCCAUUGAUGAGGGACAAGGACUCAAUGCCAAUAAUGCAGUUUUCUACAUUAGGUACAAGGACUUGUACAAGGCUAACCCUGGUCACGAUCUUGUUCGAAUUGCUAUUGUUAGAAGAAACUUUGAUGAGGCUAUGGGACGCUUAACUCUCGUCGGUCAGACUCAGAGUUCAGAUGUUAUACCAAAUAUGACUAAGAUUGCUAAUGAGGAGGAUACGGGAUGCUCCAGUUUCAAGGGUCAGAUUCAGAGUCCAGAACAUCCAACUCAAAUCUCUUCCCCUCUAGGUAUCUCUGAGGAUCAUGAAGAGGCUAAUCAGCUGGCUAUGAUGAACUUGAGAGUUGAAGAAGCUGCAGGAGACUCAAUGGAGCUUGACUCGCCUUCUGCACAAGAUGCUUAACUAAGUUAUUUGGAUUGUCAGAUAGAUUGGUCUUUAAAUGUGCUGUGCUUGAAUAAUAUAUUAAACAUAUGUUUGCCUAAUUAGGGAAAAAAUGGGAGUCUGAGGAUUAAGUUUACAUAUAAUGUCUCCUUUGUAACGUCUAUUAUAUAUAAAAAUCGGGUUAUAUAUUUUUAUAGGUA